AUGGACAAGUACCCUCAAGGCAGCCAGUCCACCUACACCAAGACCUACACCUUCUGCAAUCUCAGCCAUCUGUGCAAGACACUGCACUUCCAGUUCUUGAGUAUCUUGACACACAUCACCUCCCACUCUCCUCACCUGGAGUCAGUCCUCCACACCAACAACUUCCCUCUUCUGUCCCUUCUGCAACAACACACAGGAGACUCUACAAUGCCCACUCAAGGCCAUGUUCCACAACUGGUCCCCUCAGUACAGCAGGACUUCCUCCAUGGACCCUUCACACCAUGUGGGAGCACUGGUUCAUGA